CUGUCCAGCGGGCUGCACUCUGGGCGGGGAGGGAGGGGUCCGGUUCGCCCCCGCACCGGCCCAAGUUGUGGUCCCGCGGACGGCGACCCGCGCCACGCCCGGGGACGCCGCUGUCUGCCGCCCAGGGACCCGGGGACGCCCGUCUGGGGGCGGGGGCCGCUCUGCGGAGCCGCCCAAGCUGCGCUCCAGGAUCCGGAGCUGGCAGGAUGGGUACUGGGACACGCUGAUCUCCCCUAGAGAUAGCUGGCGGGCACCCUGGUCAUGGAGGACUGCAACGUGCAAUCGGCUGCCAGCAUUCUGGCCUCAGUGAAGGAGCAGGAGGCCCGCUUCGAGCGGCUGACACGAGCACUGGAGCAGGAGCGGCGCCAUGUUGCCCUGCAGCUGGAGCGUGCCCAGCAGCCUGGCAUGGGCAGUGGGCAGCCCCUGCCAAUGGCCUGGCAACAGCUGGUCCUGCAGGAGCAGAGCCCAGGCAGCCAGGCCUCACUGGCCACAAUGCCAGAGGCGCCCGAGGUGCUGGAGGAGACAGUGACAGUGGAGGAGGACCCUGGCACACCCACCUCCCAUGUGUCCAUCGUCACGUCUGAAGAUGGCACAACACGGCGCACGGAGACUAAGGUCACCAAGACAGUCAAGACAGUGACCACGAGGACGUUACGCCAGGUGCCUGUGGGCCCAGAUGGACUCCCUCUGCUGGAUGGUGGCCCUCCGCUAGGCCCUUUCACCGACGGCCCCCUGGACCGGCAUUUCCUGCUACGUGGUGGUGGCCCUGCAGCCACACUCUCCCGAGCCUACCUCAGCAGUGGGGGUGGCUUUCCCGACGGCCCUGAGCCCCGUGAUGGGCCUAGCUACGGCAGCCUGUCCCGAGGGCUGGGUGUGCGACCCCUGCGCACUGGCCCCCUUGGCCCAGGCCCUGGCGAAGGCUGCUUCACGCUGCCUGGCCGCCGUGAGGCCUUCCCUGGAGGUCCCGAAUCUGGGCCGCCGGGUGGCCGCUCCCUGCCUGAGCGCUUCCAGGCAGAGCCGUAUGGCUUGGAGGAUGACACACGCAGCCUAGCCGCUGAUGACGAGGGUGGCCCUGAACUGGAGACCGACUAUGGCACGGCCACAAGGAGGAGGCCUGAGUGUGGGCGGGGCCUUCGUGCCAGGGCCUACGAGGACGUGGCGGAUGAUGGUGGCGAGCUGAUGGACGAGCGGCCCCUGUUCCCAGCAGCAACGGCACCCUUGGCCCAGCCUGAACGAGGCAGCCUGGGCAGCCUGGACCGGCUGGUGCGGCGCUCACCGUCGGUGGACAGUGCCCGCAAGGAGCCGCGCUGGCGGGACCCUGAGCUGCCCGAGGUGCUGGCUAUGCUGCGGCACCCCGUGGACCCUGUGAAAGCCAAUGCAGCUGCCUACCUGCAGCAUCUGUGCUUUGAGAACGAGGGUGUCAAGCGGCGCGUGCGGCAGCUGCGGGGGCUGCCGCUGCUGGUGGCACUGCUUGACCACCCUCGGGCCGAAGUGCGGCGCCGGGCCUGUGGGGCGCUGCGCAACCUCUCCUAUGGCCGUGACACUGACAACAAGGCUGCCAUCCGGGACUGCGGUGGUGUGCCUGCCUUGGUGCGCCUGCUGCGGGCUGCUCGGGACAAUGAGGUCCGCGAGCUUGUCACUGGCACGCUCUGGAACCUGUCAUCCUACGAGCCCCUGAAGAUGGUCAUCAUUGACCACGGUCUGCAGACACUGACCCAUGAGGUCAUCGUGCCCCACUCGGGCUGGGAGCGCGAGCCCAAUGAGGACUCCAAGCCACGGGAUGCCGAGUGGACGACUGUCUUCAAGAACACGUCAGGCUGCUUGAGGAACGUGAGCUCGGAUGGUGCGGAGGCCCGGCGGCGACUCCGGGAGUGUGAAGGGCUGGUGGAUGCGCUCCUGCAUGCCUUGCAGUCGGCUGUGGGCAGGAAGGACACAGACAACAAGUCAGUGGAGAACUGCGUGUGCAUCAUGCGGAACCUGUCCUACCACGUGCAUAAGGAGGUUCCUGGGGCCGACAGGUACCAGGAGACUGAGCUCGGGCCCCCAGGCAGUGCUGCAGCCUCCCAGCGGCGGAGGCGGGAUGACGCUAGCUGCUUCGGUGGCAAGAAGGCCAAAGGGAAGAAAGACAGUGAGAUGGACCGGAACUUUGACACACUGGACCUGCCCAAGCGAACUGAGGCGGCCAAAGGCUUUGAGCUGCUGUACCAGCCCGAGGUGGUACGUCUCUACCUUUCCCUCCUCACGGAAAGCCGGAACUUCAACACUCUGGAGGCGGCUGCUGGCGCCCUGCAGAACCUCAGUGCUGGCAAUUGGAUGUGGGCCACGUACAUCCGCGCCACAGUGCGCAAGGAGCGCGGGCUGCCAGUGCUCGUGGAGCUGCUGCAGUCAGAGACCGACAAGGUGGUGCGUGCUGUUGCCAUUGCCCUACGCAACCUUUCAUUGGACCGGCGCAACAAGGACCUCAUUGGGAGCUAUGCCAUGGCAGAGCUGGUGAGGAAUGUGCGCAAUGCGCAGCCUCCACCACGUCCUGGAGCCCGCCUGGAGGAGGACACGGUGGUCGCCGUGCUCAACACCAUCCAUGAGAUAGUGUCCGACAGCCUGGACAACGCACGCUCGCUCCUCCAGGCCCGCGGUGUGCCUGCACUUGUGGCCCUCAGCGCCUCCAGCCAGUCAGUGCGUGAGGCGAAGGCAGCCUCGCAUGUGCUGCAGACAGUGUGGAGCUACAAGGAGCUGCGCAGCGCCCUGCAGAGGGACGGCUGGACCAAGGCGCGCUUCCAGUCUGCUGCUGCUGCUGCUGCUGCUGCUGCUGCUGCUACUACCAAGGGGCCCAAGGGAGCGCCAAGUCCUGGGGGCUUUGAUGACAGCAUGCUGCCACUGGUGGACAAGAGCCUGGACACCGAGAAGCCAGGCAGCCAGGAUGUAAUCCCCAUGGACACACUCGGCCCAGAUGGAUACUCCACUGUGGACCGGAGGGAGCGGAAGGCUCUGGGCAGUGGAACUACAGGGGAGGCCUCUGAGAAGGAACCAUUAAAAGGCUCGGGCCCAGCCAUUUGUUCUUAGGGACUGGAUCACCAGGAGAAGGGCCAUCCUGUGCGGACCCUGCCGUGGAGCCUGGAGCCCUCUGGUGGCAAGGGUUGGCAGCACCUGUCACCCUGAGCUAGGGCCUGAUUUUCUUGAUGCUUCUCCUGUCCUGCCCCCUCCCUCUGCAGUCCCCACCUAACUCCCUAGGCCAGUUAGCUGUUACUGACUUGGUGCUGUGUGCGAGCUAGUGAGAGAGAGAAGGCCCAAGAAGGCGUGAGGGCUGCCAUGGGCAGGGACCAGGGAGGCGGCAGGGGAGGGCAUCUGGUUGUGCUUUAGGGCUGGUGGAACAGGAGAGGGUGGCUCUGUGUGCACAGGGCCCCAGAGGAGUGGGACGGGCCUGGUCUGGUGGCUGAGGCCGGGGGGCCAGGCAGGCAGCUGGGUAGGGAGUGGGGCUGAGGGAAGGAAGUUGGACUCUGGAGGAUGGAGGGAUUCCCCUGGGCCUCCCCUGCAUGGCAGGCCAACCACAGUGUGGGGCUGCUCCAAGAUGGCCGGCCCCAGGUAGGGAGGCUUUGGAGGGAGCAAGAUGGGGCUCAGGCUAUGCAUGCCCACCCCAGCCGCGCCCUUGAGUCCUGUGGAUAUGUGGGACCCCCAUGCAGUAGAACCUUCCCUGAGCUGAUGCUGGUCUGGGCCAGGGCUGCUGCAUCUGCAUCUGCCUGGAACCCAAGCAGCAACUCUGGACUGACCUGCAGCAGCAGCCGGGGGCGGGGGGUCAGAGGGGGAGGCUGCUGUUCAGUGCCUGCUGUUUGUGACUUAAAAACAGAAGAAAAACACUGACAUAAAGCAUUAAAAACAAAACCAAAAUAAGACUGUAUUGGUAAACAUCUAAAUUUUUGUAAGAAAAUCUAAAAAUUAAAAAAAAACAGCAAAGGAA